GCAGGUGAAGACCCGGAAGACCCGGAUGCAGGCAAGGUGCGGAUGCAGGAGCGUAGGUGCAGCAGCAGGUAGGUAUGGGGGCAACCAGGAUACAGGCCAGGUGUGGAUGCAGGAACAUAGGUGCAGCAGCAGGAUACAGGCCAGGUGCAGAUACAGGAACGUAGGUGCAGCAGCGUCAGACAAGCCGGGUGAGGAUCAAUUGGGCAGAUCAGGUACAAGGGAGCAGGCAAGUGGAUAGUCAGGGAUAAGCUGGGUCGGUGCAGACAGAGUUCUUUCUUAGUCAUGGUCAAAUCAGAUACAGGCAACAGAAUCAGGUUAUGAAGUACAGGACGUUG